UUCGCCGAGGGCUGCAGGACCAGGCAAGGUACCACAGGUCCCGAGUGGUUGCGGGUGUAGGGAACAAAACCCGAGCGCGGUAAAGGGCCCGCGUUCGCGGAGGAAGCUGAUAUAGCGGAAUCCCGCUCCCCACCCCCGCAUGCUCUGUUUGCUCGGUUCGGGUCUGACCGGACUGUGGCGGCUGUUACCCGGGACCUGCUAUGGCUCAGCAGAGAGCCUUGCCCCAGAGCAAGGAGACGCUGCUGCAGUCCUACAACAAGCGGCUCAAAGACGACAUCAAGUCCAUCAUGGACAACUUCACCGAGAUCAUCAAGACCGCCAAGAUUGAAGAUGAGACACAGGUGUCACGGGCUACUCAGGGUGAACAAGACAAUUACGAGAUGCAUGUGCGAGCUGCCAACAUUGUCCGAGCUGGUGAGUCGCUGAUGAAGCUGGUAUCUGAUCUCAAGCAGUUCCUGAUCCUUAAUGACUUCCCAUCUGUGAAUGAAGCCAUUGACCAGCGUAACCAGCAGCUGCGCGCCCUGCAGGAAGAGUGUGAUCGCAAGCUCAUCACCUUGCGGGACGAGGUCUCCAUCGACCUCUAUGAGCUGGAGGAGGAGUACUACUCGUCCAGCUCAAGUCUCUGCGAAGCUAAUGACCUGCCUCUGUGUGAAGCUUACUGGAGGCUGGACCUCGACACAGAUUCUGCUGAUGGCCUCUCAGCCCCUCUUCUGGCGUCCCCGGAGACUGGUGCUGGUCCCCUGCAGUCUGCAGCCCCUGCCCACUCCCAUGGUGGUGGCCCUGGCCCCACAGAACACACCUGAGCCCUCCCCAGGGCCCUAAUUUAUCAGAAAGGAAGUCUUGUGGGUGACCGCCACAGCCUUGCUUCUUCAGUCUUAGCUCCCACUUUGGGAUCAGGAACCACUGUAGCCUCAGGGACCUGGCCAAGCCAGGGCCAGUUCCCUGAUAGUUCAGGAAUGCUGUUCAGUUAUUUACAGGCAGAUGGAUGGCUACCUUCCUGACUGCCAGAUGGAAGUUGGUCCCAUUGAGGACCUUGAAUAGGGAGGAUGGCUGGUGAUAGAAAGCCUCAGUUUGUUGAGAAUUAGGGGAUGCGCAGUGGACCUUAGCCAAGUCCAGCCGUCCAUAUUUGACUCAGGCUCCUGUAUAGAGAGCCCUGGCCACUGCCUGGUCCUGGAGUACAAUUGUUUGCGCCACAGCUGACAGUCCUAGUAAGACUUAGGCAGCUAGCCGGGCUUCUUCCUGGGUUCUGCCACCGUUCUCAUUCUGCUACUAGUAAGACUUAGGCAGCUAGCCGGGCUUCUUCCUGGGUUCUGCCACCGUUCUCAUUCUGCUACUAGUAAGACUUAGGCAGCUAGCCGGGCUUCUUCCUGGGUUCUGCCACCGUUCUCAUUCUGCUACUAGUAAGACUUAGGCAGCUAGCCGGGCUUCUUCCUGGGUUCUGCCACCGUUCUCAUUCUGCUGCUUGUGUGAUGAGACUGUUGAAUAAAACAUUACCUAUUUGUGCUGUUCAUUUUUCUUUCCUGAUCAGUCUAAGAUUCCCCCGGGUUCCUCAAGCAACAGCCCCAACUCUGAUGUGGGAUUGCCCUCUGUAUGCUGUGAAAUGUUUUAUUACCAUUGGCUAAUAAAAGAAGCUGCUUCGGCCUAUGGCAGGGCAGAAUAAAGCAAGUGGGAAAUCUGAACAGAUAUAGAUCUAUCUAUCUAUAUCUAUCUAUCUAUCUAUCUAUCUAUCUAUCUAUCUAUCUAUCUAUCUAUCUAUCUAUCUAAUCGAGAGAGAGAGAGAGAGAGAGAGAGAGAGAGAGAGAGUAGGCAGAGUAAAGGAGACACCAUGUAGCUGCCGAAGGAGAAAGAUGCCAGUAAGCCACAGCCUCGUGGUGAUACACAGAUUAAUAGAAAUGGGUUAAUUUAAUAUGAAGAGCUAGCUGGGAAUAUGCUAAUAUGCUUAAGCUAUUG